GCACGUUUUCCUCUGUUUGUUUUUCUUUUCUUUUCUUUUUUUUUUUUCCUUGGGCUCCACUGUGACAUCCCAGGAGAGGCGGCAGUCAGGAUGAAGUUGGCAGUCACCUGGUUUUGGAUCCUGUAUUUGGCCCUUAUCAGUGCGGGACUGUUCACCCGCAAUGAUCUCAGCGCUGCCCGCAGAAAUGUGUCCGACAGUCAGAGCACAGGGUCUUUGAACAACAACAGACACAGAACACUGUUCGCCAGGAGAGGAAAGUAUGAACGACAAAGGAUUUAUGUGCCGAAGCCCAGAGUGGUUCCUGUUCCUUCAGAUGACCUUGAACCUCCUGCCAAAGUAUCACCCAAACCUGUGAAGCCGAGCUGCUCUCAGCUUACACAAAGCUGUCAGCCCCUGUCUGGCUGCUGUGACCGAUGUGCUUCAUGCCACUGCCGCUUCUUCAAUGCCAUCUGCUACUGCCGGAAGACGAACACAGUAUGCUAAAAGUAAACAAAAAAGACCACCGGCAAACUGGGGGGAAAACAAACAAAAAAACCCCUGAAACACUCAAACACCCCAGGCCUCAGAACAGAUAUGCCAUUACCCAUGCUGUCACAAAUGUGUUGUAGGCAUCAUCUCACAAAAUCAGAUGGUCAAUGCACAUGUGAAGAAAGAUUAUAAAAUACACCUCUUGUGAACGGCAGCUGCUUGAAAAAUCUAUACACCAUACUAAGCUUUAAUUCUCCUAAACUGUUCCUAUAUGUAUGCCUUUGAGCACUAGUUAUUGUAUAUCAGUUUUAUCAUCAUUGUUGUUUCCAUUUUGAUGCUGCAAACGUCGUGUUAUAGCACCGGUGUCCUGUGACCACAUUUGCAUUGUUUUGUUGUAUGGAUAUGAUUGAGGGUGACUGUGUGAAUUAUGAAUGAGAGAGCUUCACCUGCGGGACAAGAAUUGGUCGAUCAAAAUUUGCAGAGCUUCGAUGGUAAUCCGAUACUGAAUCAAACCAAGUGUAGCUGCUCUGGUCACCAAAAACACUGUGUUCUGAAGUCCUGAAGGGGCCCUGCAAUUAAUCAGUGAUCUCACACUUGUAGAUUAUUUGCUGGCUUGGCAGCCAUCUUGCCCCCUGUAACUCCAUCACUAUCCACUCCACCUGCAAAAUGGUGUGUAGUAAUGUCAAUAUGGUUGCCUAUUUGACGUACAAAUAUGAACAUGUCAGUGGUGUGGAGAAAUGUUGACUGACCAAAUUUUAUCCUGGCACCUGUAUGAGCACAGGUACAAGCCUCCCCCCUCAAAGGAAGAACAGUAAAAACAACAGUAAGGAAGGCCCAACUGGACUCUAUGUAUAACAGCAUAUUUGUAAAUAUACAUGUACAUUUCUGUUUAAAAAGCUCUUUUUAAUGCAUCAAAGGACAUGUUGCCAUCAUCUGCCAAUUUAGUGGUUGAACACCGAUGUAAUGCAAUGAUUUUGCAGGGACUGUGUUAAUUUCAUUUUUUUUCAGUGAAAAGCAUUAGAUAAUAUUAUUCCAUUUUCAAUUUUGGCUUAUGACAGCUUAUGCUGUCAGCCAGUUUGUUAGCCUGGCUGUGUCUAAAAUUAAAAAGAUAUACCUGAUAGCACCAAUAAAGCUUAACAUUAAUAUUAUACUGUAUAUAUAUUUUUAAUCCUUGCAAAAAAACUGAUGUGCUACAACUCUGGGCAGCACCAAGAAAGUCUGCGCAUAGCUCUCUGUAAAACCUUAUAUUUGUCAUUUCUACACCAUCAAACUUGUAUUCGUGAAAAUACCAUGUACCCUAUUCUAAAGGUGCAAUAUGGAAUAUGGAUGUAAUGAUAUACCUAAUUUCGUGAUACGGUGAAAAAUGCCAUGACACUUUUCAUGGGAUUGUGACGAUAUCUUGCAAACAUUUUUUUUUUCUUGUUAAAGUUCAUGGAUCUAACUGGGGGUAAUCAGUAUGAAUUUAAUUCUACUAUUGCUCCUGGUCAUUGUAUUGUUUUGUUUGAACAACAGAGGGAACAGUGCCACUCAAGAAGACAGUCUCGUUCUCAUAAGACCCGCCCUUCCCCGCCUGUGAUCGGUUGACUUCGUUGUUUUAUUGUCUAAAUUCUUGACUCAUUCAUUCUCAUUGUUGAUCGGCCUCUGGAGGUAGUAUCAGGGCUGUAUAACUGGCGAACCGAGCCAGUGGGAAUGGAUAAGCCGGCGGCGUGUCGAACAUACAGUCUGACGACAACACAGGUCUCUCACUCAACUUAAUAAAGAGAAAUUUCCCACGAAGCAACAUGUUACAUGACCAAACAAAAGUAACGUAGUCACUGUAACUGUCUUUGGCAACCUAUAUGAGGAAAAUAAUACCACAGCUGUACGUUGAGAAGCGUCCGUCUACACAUUUCUGCCUGAAAAACAGCGCCUGUCACCGGUGAAAAACUUUAACUCACAGAGUGUUUGUGAUGAAAAUAAAUCACCACGACCGUCAGCCCUUCGCACCGAAACUUCAGUGAACUUUGCCCCAGAAAACAUCCUUGGUCCCCACGAGUGAGUCAGACAGCUUCCAGUUUAAAAAAGAAUAACUUCGUCGCUUACCAGGAUGUUUGUUUGGUCAGGAUCUCAAUCACUACAAUUUAUUACAGCAUCCGCAUGAUUAUAAACAGUCCGCGGGGGGACACUGGGUAAACACCUUAAAAACACACCGACGUCAUCACCAUGCCUCACGUCUCUUUAGGAGCCGCAGCAUCGGCUUUCUGUGUGAAUUACACAGCGGUUCUUCUUUAAGGCGGCGAUGCUUCGCUCUGUGUGAAUCACGAUUGGCGGAGAAUUGGCGAACCAACGCUGCGGAGAUAAUGCAGCGUCGCUGUGUAAAAAGGGCUACUGACUCAUUUUUGUUUGGUUUUGCAGGGAGCAAAGUUGAGAUGGACUGAAAUGUUGUCUUUUCUUUUGUUUGUAUGUUUCUCAUGUUUGCAAAUGUACUCCUCAGUCUUACCAAAUACUACAGA